CUGAAGUUGAACAUCCAACCAGCUGAACAUCUUUCCAACCAUCAACAACCCUCUACCACAAUUCUCGUCCAAGCGGUCGUCAACUACUCCGUACUCUAUUCCAAGAUGUGUACGAGUAUGAGGUUAGCGACUCGUUACUAUGGGUGUGGGUGCAUCAAAUUCGGCCAAGAGGUCAACGGUACAGACUGUGAAUUGAAGGGUCAACCUGGCCAUGCAGACACGUUGGUUGCAGGCAAAUCAGCAAGGAAGGAAGGAUCCUGCGCGGCUCAUGGAGGGUAUGUGACGUGAAACGCAAAUCGGCACGACUGACUGGAAACAGCGAAGAUUAGUUUCUUGAUACAUGGUGAUGAUUGAGGAUGGAAUAUUGCGAGGCAGAGUACUUUCGUUCCUUAUUACCCCUGUCAUGGAUUGAAUGAGGCAGACCAGCUCCAGGGAUCAUCGCCCAGCGCACAUUUUGGGACGAGUAUUGGUGGCGUCUUGCAACAGGCCUACACGGGAGGUUCUAUUGUAC